AUGCCCGCAUCGACCAGAGGUGCUGAGAUGCAACCGGUAUCGCAGAGGUCGAUGUUGGAAAGGCAGCAGCAGAUGAUGAGGGACAUGGACGAGCCGCUGACGGUUCUGGAAGGCUCCGUGAACAACCUGCAGCAGGUGAGCACGAUGAUCCGAACCGAGAUCAACCUCCAAAAUCGCUUGCUGGAUAAUGCGAACGAGACGACCGACCGCACCUCCGCUCGCUUGGGGCGCGCGCGGUCGAUGCUGACUCGCUUCCAAAGCCUGGAUCGAAAUCGCUGGCUGGGUAUCUCUGUGCUUCUGCUCUUCAUCGCCCUCGUCAUCCUUUUCGUGUAUGAGGUUCUUCCGUAG